UAGCUAGAAAGAGAUGACUGCAUUGAAAGCAUUUUAGGUGCGGCCAUAUUGAUUGUAGCAAGCGACAAAGAACGAAAAACUAGUGUGACAACGAUUCUAUACAAAUCGAAAAAAGCAGCGGCGGCGUAAAGACGACGGAGAUCAUCAAACCAGCUGAAAAGAUUUACACAGCGACGACCAUACCCUGCGUACACCCAACGACAUUGAAAAAAUACAACAACAAAAAAGUAUAGAAGCGGCGCUUGUCAGAGAAACACACAAAAAGAAAAACGUAGUAGAGAAAAAAACGUCAAGCAAAAAAGCUUUUAAAACAGAAAGAAAAAAAAUUCGGAACGAAGGCGACGGAGCAAAAAAUUUUUUUGAAAUCACACACAAAAAAAAGCACAACGACGCCGGGAUUAAACGAAAUUUUUUAAUUUAAAAUUAGAAAAAAUCGUAAAAGGAUUUUUGUACACAAAAAGAAAACAAGAAAAAACAAGUUUUAUUCAACUCUACACAAAUUAAAUAUUUUGCACAAUGUCUGAACGUGAAAAUAAUGUUUACAAGGCUAAAUUAGCCGAACAAGCAGAACGCUAUGAUGAAAUGGUUGAGGCCAUGAAAAAAGUCGCCUCAAUGGAUGUUGAAUUAACCGUUGAAGAACGUAAUCUUUUAUCGGUAGCAUAUAAAAAUGUUAUUGGCGCACGUCGUGCCUCAUGGCGUAUUAUUACCUCGAUCGAACAGAAAGAGGAGAAUAAGGGUGCCGAAGAGAAAUUGGAAAUGAUCAAAACCUAUCGCGGUCAAGUUGAAAAAGAGCUACGCGAUAUCUGUUCGGACAUUUUAAAUGUACUCGAGAAACAUCUCAUUCCAUGUGCCACCACAGGCGAAAGUAAAGUAUUCUAUUAUAAGAUGAAGGGUGAUUAUCAUCGUUAUUUGGCUGAAUUCGCCACCGGUUCAGAUCGUAAAGAUGCUGCUGAAAAUUCAUUGAUUGCCUAUAAGGCAGCCAGUGAUAUUGCCAUGAACGAUCUGCCACCAACACAUCCCAUUCGUUUGGGUUUGGCGCUGAACUUUUCGGUAUUCUAUUAUGAAAUUUUGAACUCACCCGAUCGUGCAUGCCGCUUGGCGAAAGCAGCUUUCGACGAUGCCAUUGCCGAAUUGGAUACAUUAAGUGAAGAAAGCUACAAAGACUCCACACUCAUUAUGCAACUGCUGAGGGAUAACCUUACAUUAUGGACGUCUGAUAUGCAAGCCGAUGGUGAUGGUGAACAAAAAGAGCAAAUCCAAGAUGUUGAAGAUCAGGAUGUGUCGUAAUUUAAGUAACAACCCCCAUUAAAACAAAACAAAAACAAAAAAACAAAAAAUCCCCUAUAAAAUUACUAUUUGCAUUUCUUAUUUCUAAAACAAAACAAACAAAAGAAA